CAGGAUGAUGUGAAUCUAAAUUUGGGCAACAUGUUUUUUUUUUUUUUUUUUUUAUAAAACAAAACAAAACAAACAAACAAAAAAAAAAGAAUGUUUUCCCCUUUUCCUUUGUUGUACUCGUAUGUGGAGCACUGAUGAUUCCACGCAGCACGCGUCACACUGUGGACCAAAUUGCUGAGUGCACAAUGCGCCUUUCCAAAGGCGGACAAAAAAAAGAAAAGAAAAAACGGCAAGGCUAUUAAAAGACGGGCAGACGUGACUAUUGUGCGCAAAGACCAGAGGCUCCGCCAUUACUUAUGUAUGCAGCGAGAUGUCUGAUUUAUAGGUAAACUACCGAGAAAGACACGUGCCCUCAAAAAAGACCCCCGCCGCCCCCCUUUUCUCCUUGUAGUGUUGACUGAUAAAAUAAAGGCCCAUAAAAGUAGUUUGCUGAUAAGGCUGCGCACUGUGCGUAAAAUGUGCUGCGUAAAAGUUGCUGGGCGUAAAUAACAACCAAGAAUGUGUGACGUGUGUUUUUGGAUGGUCUCGGCCUUGUAAUUCUUUGGAGAUUUCCUUCUGCAACUGUCCCCCCGCGCCCCCCUCCCCCAAAAGAGAGCCACAAAAGCCACGGCGCGUGUGCUUGUAUAGGGAGCCAUCAGAGCGUCAAAAGAGGAGGGCCCCGGCGCGUGUGCCUCCGUCCGGGAGGGGCUGCGGGGCGCGCACAUUAAUGCAAUAAACCGCCAGUGCAUCUGCUGAGCUAUCUGCACACCCUCCAACGAAAUCCACCAAAAGCAGGGCUCGGCGGGGCCCACCCACCCAUCUCACCCAUCCCACCCUCCACUCCACUGGGAUCACAGAGACGUCUGAUUGGCCGGGGAUGUUGCAACCGGGGGAGGGAGGGGGGCGAGAACAAUAGCAUCAUUCCGCCAUAAAAAGAGUGGAGCUAUGCCUUCCAGACGAAAACAUUUCAGCAACAGAAGGGGCCAUACAGAGGGGAGAUAAAAGUCCCACGAUCGUCAGGUGUUGCCAUACUUGCAACCACCCUGGAUACUCGACACUCCAUCCGCAUCCUCCAAGUGCCUUCCCAUCGCUCCCAGCCAACAUGCCCAAAGGAUUCCUGGUCAAAAGAAACAAGAGGUGUGCACAUGUUUCCUACAGGACUCGGCCGGACCACGAUGACCUCCAGGAGCCCACCCGCCUCACCCAAGCUGCCUUCCCGAGCCUGCACAUCCAGCCGUGCCUGCCGCCGACGUGCGCGGCGCCCAGCCCGGACCGCCCCGCAGCAUCCCCGGAUCUCGCAGCAGCCGACGCGUCGGUGCCAAAAACGGAGAAGCCGGCCCAGUUCGGCAACCCCGAGACGGUGUGCCAAGCCCUGUACAGCCCGACCCGGCCCAUCAGCAAGGAGCAAGACAGGGCGUAUUUCGAACGGAGCUUCAAUCUGGGCUCGCCCGUUUCUGCCGAGUCAUUCCCGACAUCCGCUUCCCUCUCCGGCCUGGACCACCUCCUGUACGCCCCGGUCGACCUGAAGAUCGGCACCAGCAACAGCAGCCGAAGCGGUACGAUCGGCACCGGCACCGGCAGCGGCACCGGCACCGGCAGCGGCACCGGCACCGGCACCGGCGGCGGCGGCGGCGCAGUGGCGGCACCGAGCAACCGGCUCGCCGGCACCAAGAGACCCGCAGCCGACGGCACGGAGCGCAAAGCCAAAGCCGCUCCCAAAAAACCUAAAGCCAUCCGAAAGCUCAACUUCGAAGACGAGAUGACCACCUCCCCCGUGCUGGGGCUGAAAAUCAAAGAGGGUCCGGUGGAGGCGAAGCCCAGUGCGCACGCGUCGGGAUCGGGAGCCGGCAAGCCUCUGGGGGAGUUCGUGUGUCAGCUCUGCAAGGAAGCCUACGCGGACCCCUUCUCGCUGGCCCAGCACAAAUGCUCCCGCAUCGUCCGGGUCGAGUACCGGUGCCCAGAGUGCGACAAGAUGUUCAGCUGCCCCGCCAACCUCGCCUCGCACCGCCGCUGGCACAAGCCCAGGAGCGGCGGCGCCCCGGCGGGACCGCCGCCCUCCAGACCGCCGACCGCGGCUGUCAAAUCCGCCUCCGAAGAAGCCAAAGACGCCAGCGACAGAGACACUGCGAGUCCAAGUCUGUCCGAGUCCGGUUCCGACGAGGGCUCGUACGACUGUCACUUGUGCGGGAAGAGGUUCAAGCGCCAAGCGUACCUAAGAAAACACGUCACGGGUCACCAGGUACUGCAGAAGAAAGUUCUGGAGGAGAGCGGCUUCCCGGCGGAGCAGGUGCCGCUGCCCUCCUGCUCCUCCUGCUCCUCCGCCUCCCCGGAGGACGCCUCGAACCAAAGUCCCCUCAAUCUGAGCCCCGCCGAGCGCCUGCUGUGCCCCGUGUGCGCGGAGAGCUUCACCAGCAGGGCGGCCCACGAGAGGCACCUGCGCCUCGUGCACUCGUCCCAAACGUACCCGUGCAAGUACUGCCCCGCCACCUUGUACAGCUCGCCGGGACUGACCAGGCACAUCAACAAGUGCCACCCCUCGGAGAACCGCCAGGUGAUCCUGCUCCAAAUGCCCGUGCGGCCCGCCUGCUGAACGCAGAACUUGUGCCUUGGAAGACGAGAGCCAACAACAAAAGGAACAUGGCGGGGGCUUCACAACAACAACAAGAAGAAGAAGAAGAAGAAGAAGAAGAAGAAGAAGAAGAAGAAAAGUUCGUCAUUCUUAAGUGACGUCUUUCCCCCCCCCCCACCACCUUGUUGAUUGUUGGGCGCUCCUCUUCGGGUUGAACUCCAAAUAUAGGCCUAUUUUGAGACGCUCUUUUCUCAAAUUAGUUUACGGAGAAGCUUAGUUUUGACUGUUAAAGGGUAUUUUUUCUAGGACAGCACAUGUACUCGAUGAUAGCUUCUAGACCUAAGAAUUGCUCAGAAAUCCGUCAAAGCCUUUUUUUGGUUUUGCUUUGUUUUUUCUUCCCUCCAUUCCAAAUGAUCACUCACUAGCUUUGUUGAUGAAAGACAAAACGAUCACGUUUGUCUUAACAAUGUGUGACUGAGGGAUUCUCUGUUAAGUAGAACCACAAAUGCCUUUAGUGUAGUCCGAAAUCCCGCUGUACAACUGCCUUAAAGAGUCAACAUAUUGUUUUCGUUUUGAAUGCCGGCACAUAUUUUAACGCUAUUAUUAUUAUUAUUAUUAUUAUUAUUACAAUUGAAAAUUGUUGCAAUAUUUUUGGGCAUCACAUGUUUAUUUAUUUAUUUAUUCGAAUGUUUUAUGUAACUUAUUGAUGUGUUUGUGUUCGUGAUUUCCCCUCUCUGUGAAUCGUUCUGGCAGUUUACACGUCGUUUAGCCAAAUUAUUAUUAUUAUUAUUAUUAUUAUUUUGUUCUUGUCUAAUUUAUGAGUUGUGACAAGUGUCGUGGGUCGGGUUCUAAUCAUCGAUAUCCACAACUCUUGUAAAAAGAAGGUGAAGAAAAACAAAAACACGAAGCUCUUAACUUAGAUGCAAUCUUUUUUUAAGGACGUUAUUUUCCUAAAUGUUGGCUUUUAUAGCGCUUUGAUUGUAUGUGUAUACAGCUGUUGUCUAUCGAAAUAAUAAAAAAAUAUUUUCAAAAUGACAA